AUGGUCAGUUUAAUGUGUAUUGCUAGAGAAUUUUUUUCUUUUUUUGGGAGAAUGCAUGUGAUCAGCACAGGGCCAAUCAGCACUGUCCAGACAGAGGGUCAGGGGUUCUGCAUCCUUCUAGAGCAGAAAGAAAGCUCCUCCUAUAAGCUUUAACCAGUGCUCUGCUGAACACUGAUAGAAGUCACAAGACUGCUCUAACUGCUGAUGAGAAAAAGUAUUUAGUAAUUUAUAUUGACUAAAAUAAUUGCAUUUCCAUGUUGUGUGUACUGUGGGAGACUAGAUAUAGUGAAUGCAGGGUCCGGGG